AUGACCGGCAUGCAGUUCGGCGAGGCCUUGCAGAGCUUCAUGGCUGAACAUGAGUCAGAAUAUGAAGAGCUCGCGCAGAAGCAAGGUUUCGCGGCUGAUAUCAAAGGUCUGCACAAAAUCGAAGCCAAUCCGGAAAAGUCCAAACACCUGGAAACGAUUACAACUCGCAUGUUUGGUAUUGAUGUGGACUUCGUCAACCUACGAAAGGAGGUAUACGAUGACAGUAGCAGAAACCCCCAAGUAGAAUUCGGCACGGCAGAAGAGGAUGCACUGCGCAGAGAUGCGACGGUCAACGCCUUGUUCUUCAACCUUGACACUCAAGAGGUCGAGGAUUUCACACAGCAAGGAUUGACGGACAUGAAGAACGGCAUCAUCCGCACCCCUCUAGCACCGUACCAGACUUUCAAGGACGACCCACUACGUGUAUUGAGACUUAUCCGUUUCUCCUGUCGCUUGGGCUACGGGAUCGAAGAGUCGGCGUUACAGGCGAUGGCCGACCCAAAGAUCCACAAAGCGCUGAGUACGAAGAUCAGCCGAGAGCGUGUUGGCAUCGAGGUUCACAAAAUCUUCCAAGGACCCAACGCUUACGUCGGUCUCACUCUAAUCAAUGACCUGGGUCUUUAUCCCAAUGUCUUUGCCAGUCCUGGCAGCUCCGCACCGCCGAACCGCGAUGCAGUGCAAUCGGCAUACGAUGCUACUCGAUACAUCCUCGAGCAAGAAGAAGACAACUUUUCUGCGCGGUAUCUUGGGCAAUUGACAUGGUUGCUCGCUUCGUAUGUCCCGUGGUAUAGCCAGGGUCGCACUAUAGCCGUGAAAGAAGCGAGAAACGCCAUCAAGUCGAACAAUAAGCUGACUGGAGCCCUCGGCGAUGCUAUCACAUUUCGCCCAUUGAUUCAGCAAGGGAUAAACGUGGUCAACAAAGGCACGGCUACGAGAGGCAUCAUUGGCAUGAUCGUGAGGACCUCUAAAGGGCUCUGGAGACCUCACCUUCUGUACAGUCUGUUGUGCGAUAUGGUGGACAAUGAUUUUGAAGAGCAACUGACUCGAUACCAAAAGUUCUCCGACUAUGUGCAAGAGCAGAAUCUCCAGGAUGCUCACUUGGCUGACAAAGACCUUGUCUUGAAGGGGAACGAGAUACAAGAUGCCCUUGGUGAGCGGAAAGCUGGGCCGUGGCUGAAGAGUGCAGUCGAUAUGGUUGUUGAGUGGCAAUUCGAUAACGAAGCCACGGCAACCAAGGAAAACGCAAUCGAGAUGAUAAGAGCACGAAGAGGUGACUUGGGCUUGGACUGA